AUGAUUCUAAAAUACUAUGAUGAAUGUGGAAGCCCAACAAAAACUAGACUACAUGAAGAGUUCUUGACGCCUUUGGAACUCACCUCUCGGCUACGGCCCAUCAGUCAACAAUAUGCUCCUGGGACAAAUGACGACUGCAUCGCAGAUAUCAAAACAACCUUUCGGCAUUCUCUAAAGACCAUGCAUCCAUUAUUUUUUGACAAACUCUAUUUUGGAUCCGAUCCAAUCGGGCAAGUUGCGGAACUUGUCCUUGCCGUCUUGAAUGCCAAUACCCACGUGUAUCACGUGUCACCGGUCGUCUCGGUCAUGGAAGUGGAAUGCAUUCAAGUCAUUGGGAAACACUUUGGCCUCAAAAAAGAGAAUAUUGACGGGACCUUGAAUCCUGGUGGCAGUAUGAGUAAUACAAUGGCACUGCUAUUGGCCCGUCACGAACAUUUUCCUCACGUCAAGCAGGAUGGAUGGCAGAAUGACAAGCCGGUUGCCUUUACUGGUGCACAAAGUCACUAUUCCCUUCGAAGUGCUGCUAUGAUAUGCGGCAUGGGGGCCAAACAGAUGGUAUCGAUUCCGAGCAAAGAAGAAAGUUUCCAGAUCAAUACAGAGGCGUUGGAAGAAUCCAUAGUAUGGCACAAGCAGAAUGGACACAAACCUUUCUUCGUCAAUGCGGUGGCAGGGACAACCGUGAUGGGGGCCUUUGACGAUAUUAUCGUCUUGCGCGAAAUAUGCAAUAGACAUGGUCUAUGGCUACACGUCGAUGCCUGUUGGGGUGGCUUCUUGACGUUUGCGUCGCCAGAACACCAAGGCAAUCGCCUUCGUGGAAUUGAACUAGCGGAUUCAAUCUCGUUCAAUCCGCACAAGGGACUUGGUGUCGUGCAGCAAUGCUCCAUGCUCAUUACAAACAACAAACCCGAUGCACUAAGACAGUGCAACGGACUCGAUGCCGAAUACUUGUUCCAACCGCAGAAUGGAGGGUACGACAAUGGCAACAAAACUUUGGGGUGUGGGAGAAAAGGGGAUGCCCUGAAGCUUUGGCUGGCCAUUCGGAAACAUGGUUUGGAUGGAUUUCGUCGGAUUGCCGACAAUGAAAUCGAGAAAGCACAACACAUGACACGCCUUAUCAAUGAUGCAGAUGACUUUGAUAUUGUCGUUGCACCCAUGGGCACCAAUGUGUGCUAUUGGUACAUUCCUGCAUUCUUUCAGGACAAUCCUGAUGAAUAUUCUCACGAGCGCAAGGCCAUGGUCCACAAAAUGUUAUUCGACCGGAUGAAAAACUAUGGUCACUGUUUAGUACAACAACAACCGCUCGAAGAAUUCGGAUUGCCAAAUUUCUUUCGGCUUGCUUUGGGUGGUGACAAAACGAGACCGAGUGACAUGAAUGUCAUUUUGAACGAAACACGAAGACUCGGACGGGAUUUGGCACCCGACGAUGUAGAUGCAGCCAUAGCAUCAUCCUAG